AUGACCUUUGAUACUGAGAAUGAGGUGCGAGAGUACUACAACAACUAUGCUAAAGCAAAGGGCUUUGGUGUGACAAGAAGAAGCUCAAACAAUGAUGAUAAUGGACAGCUGAAGUAUCUUACACUUUCGUGCUCUCGGUAUGGUAAGACUCAGUCCAGAUCAAGAAAUAUGUUGAAACCAAAUCCAACAACCGGGUUAGGAUGUAAAGCUAAAAUCAAUAUUACCCGUGGUCCUGAUGGGAAGUUUCAUCUUUCAACUGUCAUUUUAGAUCAUAAUCAUACAUUAAGUCCACACAAGUCUCGGUUAUUCAGAUGCAACCAAAAGUUAGACGUCCAUGUGAAGCGAAGGCUUGAGCUGAAUGACCGGGCUGGAAUUCGAGUAAACAAGAAUUUCAAUUCUUUUGUUGUGGAAGCAAAUGGUCAUGAGAACCUAACUUUUGGUGAGAAGAAUGCUCGCAAUUUUCUAGAGAAAACAAGAAGGUUGAAACUUGGCAGAGGUGAUGCUGAAGCGGUUCGUGAUUUUUUUGUCAAGAUGCAAUCUGACAACCCAAAUUUUGUCAGUGUCAUGGACCUUGAUGAUGAAUCUCGACUAAGGAAUGUCUUUUGGGCUGAUGCAAGAAGUAGAGCAGUGUAUGACUCUUUUCAUGAUGUCGUUAGUUUUGACACAACAUAUUUGACGAACAAAUAUGAUAUGCCUUUUGCUUGUUUUGUUGGAGUGAAUCAUCAUGGACAAUCAAUUUUGCUUGGAUGUGCUCUAUUAUCAAAUGAAGAUACCGAAACAUUUGUUUGGUUAUUUCAAGCAUGGCUCACAUGUAUUGAGGAAGAGUUUGAAGUUAAGUGUUCAUGUCGCCACUUUGAGUUCAGGGGGAUUCUCUGUAGGCAUGUGUUAUGUGUGCUCACUCACAAGAAAAUCAAGGAGGUUCCUCUACAAUACAUUCUUGAUCGGUGGAGAAAAAAUGUGAAAAGAAAACAUAACUUCAUCAGAUGCACAUAUGGCGGCAUGGAAAAUACUCCUGUUGCAAAUCCUUUUGAUAGAUUGUGCAACAGUUUCUACCCAGUUGCAGAGAUAGGCGCCAUGUCAGAUGAUUCAUGCAAUUCAUUGAUUGAAGAUCUUUGCACCUUGAAAAUUAAGUACUCUAGCAACUCAAGUUCUGAAAAUAAUAAGGAUCAGGUUAGUGCACCAAAAGAUCAAUUGCAGGAAGAGGCGCCUUCUGAUGGGAAGACAACAAGUAAAACUAUACUAAGUCCAAUAGCUGUUAGAUGUGCUGGACGUCCUCCUUCAUUGAGAAAAGAAUCCAAGGUUGAUAAGCUUAUUCGUCAAGCAAAUGAAAAGAAGAAGAAAGCUGAACUAAGGGAGAAGAAAAAGGCUGCACAAGAAGAGAAGAAGGCUGCACAAAAGGAAGCUGAACAAAAGGCUCGCUCCAUGAAUUUGAAAAAGAAAAUGUCCAAUAAAAAAAGGAAAUCAUCACAGGAUGAUAUUCUAGAACAAGAUGUUGUGGAACAAGAUGGCCAAACUUGUAGUAGCAUGGCUGAGAAAUCAUUUGACUUGGGCAUUAUCAAUGGCGACAUAAAUCCACCCCAAGGAUCAACUACAGUAUCACUUGGAGCUGCUGGUGAUGCUUACAGCUUUUGGAUAAUUCUGCUGGAUCCUGAAGAUGUUCACAGGGAGGGCACUAGCUGA